UCCCUCCUCCAUCUCACUCUCUGUCAAACGCACAAUUUAAGUAGUUGCUGCAUCAAUGGCAGAGGCAGGAAAUCUAUAUCCUUACCCAUCAACGCUUAAUAUAGCAAAUUUUGUAACUGUUAAACUGUCUGAUUCUUCCAAUUAUAUGAUAUGGAAAACACAGAUGCUUUGUCUUCUUGAAAGUCAAGAAUUAGUUGGUUUCAUAGAUGGAACAUUAAUCCAAACACCCUUAUUAGAAAAUCCAGAUAAUUACUUGAAGUGGAAAAGAAGUGAUCGGCUUGUUAAGGGAUGGAUUCUUGGCUCUCUCACUGAAGAUAUGCUUGAGUAUGUGUUUGAGAAAGUCAGUGCCAGAGAUGUUUGGUUGGAGUUGAAGGAUAUUUGCUGCGUAAUAUCGCUAGACAAUUUUGAAGCAGAAUGUAGCACAAUGCAACCAAUAAUUGACGAAGCAGAGAGCGUGGAAUCAAAGGAAGAUUACAAGUACUACUUGCCACUAUACAGAGCUUCGCUAUGUGGUGAUUGGGAAAAGGCAAAAACAUUCUUGAAAAAACACAAUGAAGCAAGUGGAGCUCAGAUCACUUCCUUUACACAAACAGCACUUCACAUUGCAGUUACGUCAAAGAACGAUAAUGCUAAGUUUUUCGUAGAAAAUUUGGUGGCUUUAAUGGCGGAUGAUGCGUUAUCUGUAAAAGAUAGUUUCGGGGAAACGCCUCUACAUUAUGCUGCUCGGUUUGGCAACUUAGAUGCUGCGAAAAUUCUUGUCAACAGAAACUCUAAUUUGGCUCAUGUUGCAUCCAAAAAUGGCCUUUAUCCGAUUCAUGUAGCAGCUGAAUAUGGUUACAAAUCUGUGGAUCUGGUUCAUUACUUCUUCAGUGUCACCAAUGAUCUUGCUCCUUAUACUGGUCGGACUGGUGUUAGGCUGCUUUAUCGAUUGAUCUGCUCGGACUUGUACGAUUUUGCGACGCAUCUCGUAAAAUGUUUUCCUGAUUUGGCAAAAUAUAGUACUUCAAAUGGAUCAUCUCCUUUGGCACAGCUGGCUACAAAAACGUCAUCAUUCGUCAGUACAAGUCAUAUAAGCUCUCCGAAGCCACUAUCUUAUAUAGUGACGAGCGCUACAUCAUGGAUUUUCCAAGAUAGAGCAAAUGCCAAUGAUAUCGAGAAUGCAGUCAAUGAAGCAUUAUUGAAUAAGCCAAAGACCAACAACUCACCUGAAUUGGAAUAUAUCCGAGACAAAGAGUGGAAAUACCAAAAUGCAAUUAAAUUAGCAGAGUGCCUUUGCGAGAAACUCGAAAGUUCAAGCGAGAAAGAGAUCAAGUCCAUUGUUGGCGGCCCUUUCCUUCAAGCCGUGCGUUUCGACAAUUACAAACUUGUUGAAAUUAUUGUGGGGAAAUUUCCUUUACUGAUUUAUCAUUGCAACAAAAAUGGGAAGAAUAUACUUCCCAUUGCAGUGGAAAAUCGCUGUACAAAUGUCUAUAACUUGGUCUGUCAAAUGUCUCAGCAUAGACAUCACCUCAUGACUUCAUUGGAUUCAUUCAAUAAUACGAUGUUGCAUUUGGCUGGUCAAUUGUCACCUGAAAACAAAGUAAAUCAUACUUUUGGCGCAGCUCUUCGAAUGCAAGAAGAAUUGCGGUGGUUUGAGGCAGUGAAGCAGAUGUUACCGCCUUCUUAUUAUGAGCGUUUAAACAAUAAGGGUAAAACUGCUCAUCAAGUAUUUAUAGAACAACAUGGAAAUUUAAAGAUAGAAGGAGAAAAAUGGAUGAAAGAGAUAGCAAAUUCAUGUGCAAUACUAGCAAUGCUCGCAAUUACCAUUGCAUUUGCUGCAGCAAUUACAGUUCCUGGUGGCAGAAACUGCGAAAAUGGGCUUCCAAUUUUCUCAAAGAACGGAUAUUUCAAUGCAUUUGCGUUCUCCAAUACAGUGUCACUCUCCACUGCCUGCAUUUCUCUAUUUGCGUUCGUUUCUAUUUUAACUUCUAGUUAUGCGGAAGAAGAUUUUCUCCGUGUUUUGCCAAAGCGUCUGUUAUGGGGACUUCUCACCCUGUAUGCCUCAAUAGAAGCAAUGAUGCUAAGCUUUGGUUGUGCGCUGUAUUUUGUGUUCAAGGACAACGAUAUCUUGUUCUAUGUAGGGUUUAUAUUAGGUGUAUUACCCAUCUUAGCAUUUCAACAUUGGCGAGGCCCCCUCGUUAAUCAUCUGUUUCUUGUAGUCAAGAAAAAAGACAAUUCUUUGGAGGCAUAGAAGAUAUGUAGGUGGUAAUGUAUAUUUCUUAUGCAAUUUAGCUUUCAGUACGUCA